AGCACUCUCGUCCAUUAUCGUACUCAACCGAUCCUGUCCUUACCCGAAUUACUUCACUAACGAAGAGUGGCAAUUGAUAAUUGGGACAAAUCCAUACAAAAUACAUGAACCAUUGGUAUCAGCUUCAGUAUCAAACGCUCUGCAUGAUGCCAUAGUAAAGAAUUCAUGUGGUCAGGAUAGUUUCAUGCACCCAGACGAAUCUCCAUUAAGCAGAGCGUCAUCAAGAACAUUUAACGAAUUACGAGAGUGUGUGCCUAACAUCGCGCCAAAAAAAACUUCAGAGCAAGAACAUUGCUCUCAAUUUCUUCACCCAUAUAUCAAUCCGAUUUUCUUUAAAAGAUAUAAUGAUUAUGAGGUGCGGUUAGAUCGUUCAGUUAAGGGCACAAAACAAAGGCCCGAUCUUUCAUGUACUGUGGAUG